UACAAAAUGUCUCCUUACUCAUGUCACAACACAAUUUAUAAUAUAUAUCACACUCAUUCCAUUGCAUCGCCACUAUAUUAUUUUGAAACUAAAAUGCAUUAAAAAUAAACUUGGUCAGUUCUGUUUGUCCUCAAAUGUUAAGGCUACCCGUUACUUUCGGUGAAAAUAUUACACUAUCAUAAUCAACCAAUGGUUUUUACUGUGAUCUCCAAUUUCACCUACAGCUACAUCAAUUCACAGCCACAUACAUGUCAAAACUAUGACCAAGUAGCUCACUCACUUCACUAGCUGCAUGCAUAGCUUGCACAUAUAAUUGAAACCUAUACAGUCUCACACAGUGACCGUUUCCUUGGCCGUUUAUUUUGGUAUUUAAACACUAAACAAAGCUCUUAUAGUGUCCCCUUAAUUUCAACCAAAUUAUAAAAAGAAAUAUAAUCAAGAAACACAUAAAUAAGAAUCUGAUCUUCUCUUUUUAUCUGUUUCUAUAAGUUUCGAUUCUUGAACUAAUUAAUAAUAAUAAUGGCAAUCCAUAGAAUUGCAAUUGGAUCUCCUGGAGAGGCUGGUCAACCUGAUGCAAUUAGAGCUGCAUUUGCUGAAUUUUUCUCCAUGCUUAUUUUUGUUUUUGCUGGUCAAGGAUCUGGCAUGGCUUACAGCAAACUUACCAAUAAUGGCCCUGCAACACCUGCUGGCCUCAUAGCUGCAUCACUAUCUCAUGCAUUUGGACUAUUUGUUGCCGUUUCUGUUGGAGCAAACAUAUCUGGUGGACAUGUGAACCCUGCAGUCACAUUUGGUGCCUUCAUUGGAGGAAACAUUACACUUUUGAGAAGUAUUUUAUAUUGGAUUGCACAGUUACUUGGUUCAGUUGUUGCUUGUAUUCUUCUCAAGUCUGCUACUGGUGGAAUGGAGACAUCAGCAUUUGCAUUAUCCUCAGAUAUAUCAGUAUGGAAUGCACUUCUUUUUGAAAUUGUGAUGACAUUUGGAUUGGUAUACACAGUUUAUGCAACAGCAGUAGAUCCAAAAAAAGGGAAUAUAGGAAUUAUUGCUCCAAUUGCAAUUGGUGUUAUUGUUGGUGCAAAUAUCUUAGCUGGUGGAGCAUUUGAUGGUGCAUCCAUGAAUCCAGCUGUGUCAUUUGGGCCUGCUGUUGUUAGUUGGACAUGGACUCAUCAUUGGGUCUAUUGGGUCGGCCCAUUUAUUGGUGCAGCAUUUGCUGCUAUUAUCUAUGAUAAUAUCUUCAUUGGUGAUGAUGGUCAUGAACCCCUCUCAAACAGUGAUUUCUAGAAGGAAAAUGCUAGGGUUUACGAAAACAACGUUGACGAAAGAAUGCGAAUAAAUCUGAUCCGUCGAUUAUCAACUGCAAUGUGCGCGGUUUCUGCUAGAUCAAAAUUACUGCGAUUUCGCCUUUCCGAAGAAUUACACAUAGUGUUUCAUGUGUUUCGUAGGUUAAAUCUAUCGUACUAAGUAGCAUUCCUCUUUUUAGAAUAUAUAUUGAUUUUAAUUAUUGUAUGGUUUU